UCCCCGGGCCGCGGGUGUCCCCGUGACGAGGCAGCGCGGAGCCGCCGCGGGCCGGGCCCAUCCCGCCGCAGCGGCCCCGGGGCCGAGCAGGGGCGAGGCGCGGAAGGAGCGGCGCCGAGCGGGGCCCGGGGCGAGGCCAGGAUGGUGCUGGAAGGAAACCCUGAAGUGGGGUCCCCCAGAACCUCAGACCUCCGGCACCCUGGAAACCAGGGCUCUUGCGACCUCUCUCCUCCUGGUGAAGAUGCGCAGCCAGGCGAGGAGCCCAUCAAGUAUGGUGAACUCAUCGUCCUGGGAUGCUGUGAGGAAGGAGGUGAGGAAACCAAGGCUCAGAGAGGGGAAGUGACUGGCCCAAGGGCACACAGCUGCUACAAUGGGUGUCUGGCAAGUGGGGACAAGGGCCGCCGGCGAAGCCGUCUGGCACUGAGCCGCCGGCCGCAUGCUAAUGGAGUGAAGCCAGACGUCAUGCACCACAUCUCCACACCGCUCGUCUCCAAGGCGCUGAGUAAUCGUGGCCAGCACAGCAUCUCGUACACACUGUCCCGGAGCCACUCGGUCAUAGUCGAGUACACACAUGACAGUGACACAGACAUGUUCCAGAUUGGCCGCUCCACAGAGAACAUGAUCGACUUUGUGGUAACAGACACGUCCCCUGGAGGAGGGGCUGCUGAGGGCCCCUCUGCCCAGAGCACCAUCUCCCGCUACGCCUGCCGCAUCCUCUGUGACCGCCGGCCGCCCUAUACCGCCCGCAUCUAUGCCGCUGGCUUCGAUGCCUCCAGCAACAUCUUCCUUGGAGAGCGGGCGGCCAAAUGGCGGACCCCCGACGGCCUGAUGGACGGCUUAACCACCAAUGGGGUCCUGGUGAUGCACCCAGCAGGCGGCUUCUCUGAGGACUCAGCCCCGGGUGUCUGGCGGGAGAUCUCUGUCUGUGGGAACGUGUAUACUCUGAGGGACAGCCGCUCGGCGCAGCAGCGGGGGAAGCUGGUGGAAAAUGAGUCCAACGUGCUGCAGGACGGCUCCCUCAUCGACCUGUGUGGGGCCACGCUACUGUGGCGCACACCGGCGGGGCUGCUGCGGGCACCCACGCUGAAGCAGCUGGAGGCCCAGCGGCAGGAGGCGAACGCGGCGCGGCCCCAGUGUCCCGUGGGCCUCAGCACUCUGGCCUUCCCCAGUCCAGCCCGUGGCCGUACGGCCCCCGACAAGCAGCAGCCCUGGGUCUACGUCCGUUGCGGCCACGUCCACGGCUACCACGGCUGGGGCUGCCGGCGAGAACGGGGCCCCCAGGAGCGUGAAUGUCCUCUCUGCCGCCUCGUGGGGCCCUAUGUGCCCCUGUGGCUCGGCCAGGAGGCUGGCCUCUGCCUGGACCCUGGGCCACCCAGCCAUGCCUUUGCGCCCUGUGGCCAUGUCUGCUCUGAGAAGACUGCCCGCUACUGGGCCCAGACACCACUGCCCCAUGGCACCCACGCUUUCCAUGCUGCCUGCCCCUUUUGUGGGGCCUGGCUCACUGGCGAGCAUGGCUGCGUCCGCCUCAUUUUCCAGGGGCCGCUGGACUAGACUACCUGUGGUCUUCUGCUGCUGUGUCCGCCUGCCCACCCAGGUCCCCCACCUCCUGCAGCCCAGAGGGAGCUCUGCAUGUGGGACUCUGUCUGCUGGCACAUAGCCACACCAGAUGGACGCGUUGGAUGGGCUGUGCCCCUCCCUUCUUAACUCUGGCCCCUAACGGGGUCCCCGAGACCCCUACCCCAGUCAGAAUGACGGGGCCCUCAGCACCAGCUCCGUCGCGGGCUGAUGGAGGGAAGCCCACCUCUACGCCCCAGCCCUUCCUGGGGCAUCCCACAUCAUGCCGCCUACACUGUGCCCCUGGGGGAGUGAAGGGGCCGUGGGCCCCUGACCCCCAGCUUAGGCUGGCUGCGCCCUGAGCCUGCCGACCCAGUUCCGGAUAUUCACCUUGCUGCUGCCCUGGGUUCCUCUAUAAACCUUGCUGUUCAGCUGCCCUCACAAAUCCCACGUGUCCCGCAUGCGUGCAGUGCCUCCGGCCCCCAUGCGAGUGAUGGGUGGGUGGCAGGCUGGGGCUGGCAUCUGCUGAUUCCCAUUGUGGGCUGGAUUCCAUGCCAAGGUUCUCUGGGGACACAGAGACAAUCAGACCUGGUUCCCUGUCCAGUGAAGUUCACAGUCUAAUGGACGACAUUCCAAAUUGCUGAAUGACAGCACGACUUCCUGUGUGCCAGGAUCAGAGAAUUAUCAGCGGCUGUGGAGCAGGUGUCACUGGCGGGUGGAAAAGGGAGGGAGGCGCAUAGGAGCUCAGCCUCCAUGGCUGCGUGGGAAUCCCCUGCAGGAAGGAUCCACAGGCAGGGGGGGUUGCUCUGGCCAGAAGGGAGGCCAAGCACAGGCUCAGGUUAAGUAAGCAGGGAGCUGAGUGAGGGGUUCAGAGUGGCUGGAACAGGGCUGCGGGGGGACAGAAAGGAGGCUGGAGCGAGAGGUUAGGACCGUGCUGACAGGGAAGAUGCUGGAUGGAGGAUUUAGAACCUCACUUGUGCACAGUCAGGAGUUGAGGGAGGAGAGAGGACUCAUGGAUCCAGAGCAUUGGCUGUGACAGAAGGUCUACCAUGACUGUGCGACACAAGGCCCACUGUGUGCCCUGCACUGUGCUAAUGAGAAUAAUAACUACGUUCAUUGAGCACUCACCAGGCACCAGGCUCUGCUUCUUGGAGAUUUUAUUUAAUCCUCACAGUAACCCAGGGGGCGAGGUGUCAGCCUUUCUGUGCACGGGGAGAUUAAGGCACAUGCUCCAAGUCACAGAGUUAGAGAGUGACCAAGCCAGAUUCAAAUCCACGGCUGCCAGUCUGGCCUCAGAGCCUGCCCUCUUCUCCAUCACGCCAUGCUGCUUUCCUUGGACAGGGGUGGGAGGAGUUGGGAGGGCAGCCCAGGUAAGGAGAACAGCAUGGGCAAAGGUGUGACAGGGACAGAAAAGAGGAAUGAGGGGUGGACACCUGGCUGGGGCCUGGUGGGCUGCGGUUGCCAUGGAGGCCAAGACUGAACUGGACCCCUGUUCAUUGUGGCUAAGUGUCACCUCUCCCUGAGAGCCAAGGCAAGCUUGGGGUGCUGCUGGGGUUGCCCCCAGACUGUUCCUGGGGGCAGGGAGCUAGGAAGACAGGUAGAUGGAGGUUCCGGAGAUAGAAACAUCUGAAGAAGAGACUAUGAGUACAGUCCUAACCUGGGCAUCGUUCCCAGUGGAAGACAGCCGCCGGAGCCUUAGGGAGCAGAUUCCAAGGGGAGGGACCUGCCCUAAACCACACAGCUGGCUGGGGCCACAGAGACCAGACCUGGGGCUGUUGAGAGGACAGAGGGCACCUGCAGGUGACAAGAGGAGCAUGUGAUCGGAUCCUUGCUUCCAGAGCCUCACACUGCCACAGUGGGGGAGCCCAGAUGGGGAUGCUGUGAGGGAUGUGGGAGCAUUGCAACUCCUCCACACACACACAGCACUAGGAUGCAACUCUUCUCAGCUGUUCUCUCUUCUGAUCUGGUUGGAAACCAGACGGGAACAUUCUGAUCCCAUUUCUAGUAAGGAAUCCCAGACUCUGGGAGGAGAGACAAGCAAAGGGCACAGUCACCACCCGAGGGGGAACUCGGAGGUCGUGGUGGAGCGGGUCAGACAGCCUGGUCUUGGCCCAGCUCUGCCCCUUUCCAGCUCCUGGAGCCUCAGUCUCCUUAACUAAGUGGAGUAACAGUCCCUAUGUCACCAAAUGGUUGUGAAUGUAUGGAGGGCACCUGUAACAUAGUAUGUCCUUAAUAUUAAUUCACCUACCCUUUCUUCAGUCCUCUGGGAAAGAGCCAAAGCUGGGGACAGUUGUGACGCCAGUGAGUGAACUGCUGUCUCUGAUAGUGUGUGUAUGUGUGUGUGUGUGUGAGUGUAUCGGGGCAGGUGAAGGCAACUGUGGUGGAAGGUCUGAGUAAGGCUAGACCCCAGUUCAAGGAUACCUGAGGACAUGCUGAGUGGCCUUAAGGAAAUCAGUGAACCUAUUAGCCUCAGUUUCUCCAUCUGUACAGUGGGCACAAUGAUGAUAUCCUAUCUCAGGGUUUUUACAAGAAUUAAAUGAGAGCCUCCAUGUCAA